AACCCACCUCGCCCCCUCAAUAGGGAGGGCAGAGGAAGCUCUACUUAGGGCAGUAAGCUAUCGAUCCUAGGAUGGGAAAACUCACGAUAUUUGAUAAUCGGCAUUGACCUGUAUUUUUUUUUUCUUUUCUUUUCUCUCUCUUUUUUUUCUUUAGCCCGUUCCUUCCCCUCUUUGCUCUUCUUUUAUUCCCUCCCGCUCCUCCGAGGGACACUUCGACGUCCGUUAUACGCAACCCCCCAUUGAGAGUGAAGGAGGCGUCAGCGAGCAGCAUCUCGUAGACAACGCCUCGCGAUCGAUCGGGCAAGCCCAAGCUUCCUCUUUGUGUACGAUUCGCGGCCGUAGCUGUUUCGCACCUCCGACCGUAAACUCGUCUCGCGCAUCGGCAAACUUUUUGCUCGCACUAAGCGGCGUGCCGCUCUGUCACCAGGAUGGACACCCGCAAUGUCAUCCACUUCGAAAACAAUGACCACUACAUCGGGAUUGAUGUCGGCACCGGCUCUGCCCGCGCCUGCCUCAUAGACUCGACGGGGGACAUCAAGGCUCUCGCGUCCGAGACGAUCAAGCUAUGGCAACCCCAGCAGGGCUACUACGAGCAAUCAACCACGGAUAUCUGGCACUGCAUCUGCCAUUGCGUCCAGCGCGUCGUCGUCCAGUCUGACAUCGACGUCAGCCUCAUCAAGGGCAUAGGCUUCGACGCUACCUGCUCGCUGGCCGUCUUCUCCCAGGACGAAGACCUGCCCGUCACCGUCACCGGGCCCGACUUCAAGAACGACGGCAACGACCGCAACGUCAUCCUGUGGCUGGACCACCGCCCCGUCCAGGAGACGGAGAAGAUCAACGCCACGGGCCACAACCUGCUACGCUACGUCGGCGGCAAGAUGAGCAUCGAGAUGGAGAUCCCCAAGGUCCUGUGGCUGAAGAACAACAUGCCGAAGGAGCUCUUCGAUCGCUGCAAGUUCUACGACUUAGCCGACGCGCUAACCCAUCUGGCUACCGGCAACGAAAACCGAAGCUUCUGCAGCACCGUCUGCAAGCAGGGCUACGUCCCCGUGGGCGUGGAUGGGAGCGAUAAGGGCUGGCAGGAGGAUUUCUUCAACGAGAUUGGGCUGGGGGAUCUCACCAAGGACAACUUUAAGCGCAUGGGAGGCGUCAACGGAGUGAAUGGCAAGUAUCUCAGCGCGGGAGAGCUUGCUGGGUACUUGUCCGACCAUGCCAGCAAGCAACUCGGUUUACCAGCGGGCAUCGCCGUCGGUAGCGGCGUUAUCGAUGCCUACGCCGGCUGGAUUGGCACCGUAGGAGCCAAGGUCGACACGGAAUAUGGCCAUGCGGAUGAGAGCGCUCCGGCGAAUGACCUCGCCCAGGCUUCGACCCGGCUCGCUGCCGUAGCCGGCACAUCCACCUGCCAUCUGGCCAUGUCCGAGAAGCCCGUGUUUGUAAACGGCGUAUGGGGACCUUAUCGUGAUGUCCUUCUGCCCAAUUUCUGGCUGGCAGAGGGUGGCCAGUCGGCCACGGGCGAGCUCUUGAGACACGUCUUGGAAACUCACCCGGCACACAAAGACGUGAUGCCCCUCGUGUCGGCGAUGCACACGAACAUCUACGACUACAUGAACGGCCACCUGAGGGAGAUGGCCGAGAAGAGCCAGGCUCCCCGCGUCUCGUGGCUAGGCCGGCACUUCUUCUUCUACGGCGACCUGUGGGGGAACCGGUCGCCGGUCGCGGACCCCAACAUGAAGGGCUCGGUGAUCGGGCUGAGCUCGGACUCGAGCAUCGACGGGCUCGCGCUCUACUACUACGCGACGAUGGAGUUCAUCGCGCUGCAGACGCGGCAGAUCGUCGAGGCGAUGAACGCGGCGGGCCACGGCAUCCAGACCAUCUUCAUGUCGGGCAGCCAGUGCCAGAACGACAUGCUCAUGGACCUGAUCGCGACGGUGUGCGACAAGCCGGUGCUGAUCCCGCGGUACGUGCACGCGGCCGUGGUGCACGGCGCGGCCAUGCUCGGCGCCAAGGCGGCCAGCGCGGACCCGGACGGCGGCACCGAGGACCUCUGGAGCAUCAUGGACCGCAUGAGCAAGCCCGGCCGCCUCGUCAAGCCCGGCACCGACGCCAACGAGAAGAAGCUGCUCGACGCCAAGUACGGCGUCUUCCUCGAGCAGUGCCGGACCCAGCAGGAAUACCGCAGGAAGGUCGACGCUGCGAUCGGGUCCUGGGGCCAGUAGUUUUUUUUUUUUGUUUUGUUGGAAAGGGGAAUGGAUGAGGUAGGUAAUGUGUAAUAAGACCGGCUCAGAUGGCGGGAUGGAUGAUGGACUUUGGUGAGCGGAUAGGAAAGAACAUAUCUCCCUAUGCAAUCCUAUACCUAGGUAGAGCGAUAAAUAGAAUGGACUUGUUUUGCUAUAGGGUUGUGUAGCAUAUUGGCAUGAAGGGUGAACGGAGUUGCUGUAUCGUGGAACGCGUUGGAAAAUGCAGGCAUCGAGACGGAAUGCCCUCCUGGGUUACGUUUAGGCACUUGAGCCAGCCAGGAGGUCAGGUACCCGAGAUAGCGCUCAUACGUCCCUACGAGAUACUGGCUGAAGCCCAAAGCUACCCCCUGAAUCAUGUUAUGCUAUAGGUACCUUAGGAGCUAGGCACCUAGGUAAGUCCCUAAGCCUUGAUUGAGGCAGGUGAUCCGUGCACACCGCUGCCACCAUAACAGGCAGCUCCACGUUACA